GUCCGCGUAUUUUAUCGAGGCGGGGAAAGGGGUUGUCUCUAAGGGCGGUUACGAGCAGAAAUUUCGCAGAGAUGGAGUUUCUGCAGAAUCACCACACGGUGAACACCUCCGAAUCGCCGUACACCCUUGGCACAGGUUCGGUAGGAAGUAUCGAGGCCACUAUACCUUCUGGUCUCUGUACCGGAUCUUUAGGUGUUCUAACCAAUGAAGACACCUUAACAGAUAAUCAAAACGAAGAGACAUUGGGUGCUCUACAGGGCACUCUUCGUUUACAAGAUUUGCAGAAUUCUGCAGAAGAUAUUGGUGGCGAUCAAACUCAACAAAUUCAAAAUUCUGGACAGAAUCAAGUGGUUAGUGAGUUUGGGGCGAGUUUCUGGGUCGACGAUAUGGCUGGUUUUCCAUUGCCGCCGCUGGAUUUGGAUCCUUUACCACCUGGUCUCUUUAGCCCAUGCUCGGGAACCUAUAAUUGGGGUUGCACCAGAGAAUGCGCGCCAAGAACAAGCAACACGAACGGGGAAGGUGUCGCAGAUGUAUUACUAUCGUUAAAACAUGCGGUGGUCCAUCCUGGAAGCCCUACUGGAGGAUACUACUCAACAGGAGGAUCGAAUCAUCAUUAUUCCCAGGAUUACACGCAAAAUCUUGGUCCACCUGUACCACCCACGCAUUAUACUUCCACACCAGCCAUGUCUGUCAAUGUUUCCAUGAAUAUGACCAUGAACAUGAAUAUGCACUCUGGAUACGAGCAAAGCUAUUCGUCGACAUGGGGCGUGGAACCCCUGUUAAGUCCCGCCCCACAGUAUAAUCCCGUGGAGCAGCAAGCAAGGGUGAAUCAACCCCCGGCCAAUAGCCUGAUCGGCACCAGUACCCAUCCUCAUUCUCAUCCUCCAGCGCACAGCCAUUCCAGGUUGCAAUUGUCCAGUGAGCAUGCUCUGUGCAUAGGCGCCACCGGAAAUCCAGUCACAUCCGACGAUAAUGGCAGACCUAACCUUUGCAGAAUUUGCGGUAAAUCGUACGCGCGACCGAGCACCCUUAAGACGCAUCUUAGAACGCACUCUGGAGAAAAACCAUUUAGAUGUCACGCGUGUUCAAAGGCAUUCAGUCAAGCCGCGAAUUUGACUGCUCACGCAAGAACUCAUUCCGGAGAAAAACCAUUUCGAUGUCCAGUGUGCGAUCGAAGAUUUUCGCAAAGCAGUUCCGUAACCACACAUAUGAGAACGCAUUCAGGAGAACGUCCAUAUAGAUGUCGAUUCUGCAAAAAAGCAUUCUCAGAUAGCUCUACAUUAACCAAACAUCUUCGUAUUCAUUCUGGUGAGAAACCGUAUCAAUGUAAGCUGUGCUUGCUGAGGUUUAGCCAAAGCGGUAAUCUCAACAGGCAUAUGAGAGUCCAUGGCGGUUCUCUAACGUGACACAACUCAAUAUCGAUUAUCGAUAGCAAUCGCGUUCUAUUGCGAUGUUGUCGAAUACCUGUGAUUCAACUUGGUUCGAGCUUACCGGCAAAAAUGUAAAAUAAAAUAAUACAGUCGAUACUUUAAGAGUUCUGCUUCCUGACUGACUCAAAUUUGCAAAGCGUUCAUACGAACACUUGGUUAUUUAAGGGCUUAUAUUUGGAUAUUUUUUUAAACGAUAUACAAGACAAGUAAUAAUCACAAUAUGUGUUAUAUUUGGCAUUAGGAACUCGUCAAGAAUUCAUUUUAUAUAUAUGUAUAUCAUCAUCAUCGUUGUCGUCACUAUUAUCUUCUGAAUUGAAAUCGAAAAAAAUAAAAAACAAAAUGCAUUGGCACCGUUAUAAUUUUAGAAAAUAUUCACUUCUGAAAUUUCCUAAUUGUUUGUUCGUUUAUAUUUAUAAAUUGCUUACAAAAAGGUCAGGAUAGGUUAACAGGGAAUCGCAGAUUUAGACCUACAGCAUCCACCACAGCACCGUUGAUUAUUGUACAAAUAUUGUAUUUAUUAUAAUUAUUAUUAAUUAUAAUAUUAAUGUUGCUGUUUUCACCAUCUUCAAUUCUCAUUACGUGGCUUUUUCUUUAUCAAUUUGCUUCUUUUUGUAAUUGUAAAAUAAAGAUGUUUUGGCGCCAUUUUCAUCAAGAAAAAAAGAAAAGAAGAACGACCUCUCUUAUAUAUAAUAAAUAUAUAUAUUAUAUAUAAAAUAUAUAUAUAUAAUAUAUAUAUAAUAUUCGUAUGAGAACAACUAAUUAAAACGGAUGAAUGAAUAUGUGAGUUUUCUUUUUGUUUGUAAUCCCACAGCAUCAGGACCCACAUAUCUCAUAGAAAGAGGGGAGAAAAGGAGGUUUCAUGUUCGCCGGCUGAUAAUUAGAGCGUAGAUACUAAUUCAUGAAUCCUCGCAUUAAUUUACCUCUCUUCACAAUUAAAACUAUAUAAAAACAACUUUCUCUCUUUUUCAUUUAGAGUAGUGUUUCCUAUUCACUCGUCAAAAUUCUCUCAUUCACUCUUUCUAUCUUUAUAUAUAUAUAUAUAUAUAUAUGUGUAUAUAUAUAUAUAUAUAUAUAUAUACAUAUAUAUAUAUAUAUACACACACAUAUAUAUAUAAUGAUGUAUUUAUAAGUAAUAAUAUUCUUGAAAAAAAAAAAAAAAAAAAAAAAAAAAGAAAACGUAUGUAUGCUUAAUGUUUCUACGUUAUGUACCGAUACGAUUUGUCACAAUGCAAGUUGAUCCUCAAAUAUCUAUAUUGGAGUCUUCUAAAUAAGCAUGCAGCUUUCUGGACCAUCUUGUCAUGCGACGAAUGUAUCAUAUGUGUGUGUACGUAGCGUAUUUCUAUUUAAAACUGUAUAAUGUUAUCUCUGUCACACUGUAUAUGUCUCUCUGUGAUGCUUAUGUUUUCAUUUCUUCUCUCUCUUUCUCUCUCUCUUACUCGCUCGUUCGCUCACUCUCAUUCCUACAUCGUCUCAUAUUUAUCGAUCAAAUGUUGUUCGGUAAUCUGAUCUCUAUAACAGUUGGAAUGGUUUGUUAUUCGCUUGUGAAAGCUCUGAAGCAAAAGCUUGUGUAAGGUGCAUAUUUAUCCCAGAAGCAACGAUGAAUAAUACCAAACAACUCAGUCUAUUUUUAGUAUCUUCUUUGAUGACUUUAAAUAACAUUAAAAAAAAGAAAAAAAAAAAGAAAAAAAAAAGAAAAAAAAGAAAAAAAAAGAAAAAAAGAAGAAAUCUUUUUUUCUGAUAAUAUAACACAUAUAUCGAUCAUUGAAAACUGAAAAAUUAAUCCUUUAUACCUAUGUAUGUAUGUAUGUAUAUAUAUAUAUAUAUAUAUAUAUAUACGAUAUAUAUAUAUAUAUAUACAUAUAUCAUUUUUCUUCUCACAAUUUUCUUGCACUCCUCUUGAAACACGGACACGCAGUAUGUUGGAGAGUUGAACGCUCUUUACAACUGCACGACUAUUUUGAAAUAACGUCUAAAAUUAAUGACCAACGCCAUUACGAUGAUCCGCAAUUAUAUACGAUGAUUAUGACGACGAUUAACCAUCACGAUAAAUUUUACUUUCUCUCCGACGAACGAAAUGAUACAAAGAAACCGAAUAGAUAUGUGUCUCUAAAAUAGAUCUUUCAUAAUUUUCUUUUUCUUUUUUUUUCUUUUUUAUUUAAUUAUCAUCGCUUUUAAUAAUUUUUCCUCAAAAAAUUGUCCAUUUUUCUUUUCUUUCAUUUUUUUUUUUUUUUUUUAAUGAUUCACCUUUCGAUAAUAUAUUCAAAUGUUCUUAACAUCGCAUUUUUACUUUACUUAAUACAAUAAUUAAUCAUAUUAUAAUUAUCAAUUAAUAAAACUUGUUUCUGUUCGUACUACCUUUCGCUCGUAUAUUCUUUCGUUCUCUCUUCCGUACACCAUUUCACUCACUUAAAGAUUGCUAACCAAUAGAUAUAUUUUUUCUGAAACAAUAAGUGGUUUUCUGUCCCUUUCGGAAAACACAAAAAUAUUCUGUAUCAAAACGCCACUUAUCGAUGUUACUUAUUAUUAUUAUCAUUAAUUAUGAAUUUAAUCACUUCUGAUGAAGAUGCUGCAUUUAAUUACAGAACGUUAAGGCAUUCGUAAGUGUAAUUUGAAAGAAGUACAAAAAUAGAUGCCACAAAAAUCAAAGAUGACACAUUUUUUCAGUUUAUUAAAGCAACUCGUUUUUUCAUUCUUUAUACAUUCGCGCAUACUGAUCUUAUCGUCAUCAAUAAAUUUUCAGGAAUAAACAAUAUUCGUGGAAAGAAAAAAACCAAAUCUUUUUAUAAACAAAUUAUCCAUCAUAUCUCAUUCAAAAUAUAUCUUUAAUUUAUUAUUAUUUUUAAUACAUAAUGAAAAAAAAAUAUUUAAUCUUAAGUUUUAUAUAUUCCUGUAACUUAAACAGUAUCGAAUGUAUGUAUAUUUUAAAUUUUAUGUAAGUAAAAAAAAAGUAAAAAGUAAAAAGAAAGACUUAUAACUGAAUUAGAAUAAUAUUCAAAAUUUAUAAAAUUUUAUUUAUCAAGAAUCGUUUUUUUUCCUUUUCACGAAUACCGUUUUCCUCUUUCAAAGUUUUGUAAUACAUAUUUCUUUCACCGAUUGAUGCAUGAUAGAUAAACGAAUCUUACUUUGAUUAUACACGAAUAUUUUAAGGCAAUUGAAAUGCACCUACUUGCAUUAAUAAUCAGCAUUUAAAAAUACGAAUAAAUCAGGCAUUCAGUUUUACGAAGUUCUACUCAGUACUAUCAACAACAUAGUGAUGUACUCACACGCUUGAGAAUGCCCCAACGAUUACAUACUUCUUUAUAGUUUUCUUCGUUACCUUUAUCCAUUUUUACCACAGGUAAGAUAUAUUACUGACUUCGUAUUUUCUUUUAUCACGGAUUCAUUUACGCAGCAUUUUCAUGAUCUUUGAGUAAAACAUAAAAGUGUAUUUGUGAGCAACUACAUUCUUCAUUUUAAUAUAAUAUACUAACACUGAGAGUUACAACGUCCACGAAAGAAAUAAAGUUGGUAAAACUUACUCAAAUUGCCAAAUUAUAUAUUUAUGUGUAUAUAUAUAUAUAUAUGUACUACUAUAUACGUAUCAUAUAUAUAUAUAUGUACAUGUAUAUAUGUACAUAUAUAUAUAAUAUAUAUUAUAUAUAUAUAUUAUAUAUAUAUAUAUAUAUAUAUGUAUGCUCUCGAAGUAUGCUUUUUUUUUUUUUUUUUCUUUUUUUAGAAACAAAAAUUAAAAGAGCAUGCGCGAACCCAAAUACAGUGUGGCAAAAUAAUACAUGACUUCGCUAAAAAGAUAUUUCAUGUUUUGAAUGAAAAAGUAUGAUGGAAUAAAACAUAUAAUAUAUAUAUAAAUAUAUAUAAAUAUUUAUAUAUAUACGUAUAUAUAUAUACAUAUGCAUAUGUAUACAUUUAUAUAUCGAACAGGGAGAUUUUUUCUAAUUAUGAUAUUAGAUGUUUUUAUGAAAUAUUAUAUAGCGCAAAAAAUUAUAAAUGAAACUAAUGCAAAUAUAAAAUAAAAAAUUCUGGAAUUUUUAUUCCCUACGUCUUGUUGAACUUAUUUAACUGGAAGAGAAAUAUAAUUGAUAAAACUUAUACAAGCUAUUUAUAUUAAACUCAUGCUUUUCUAUGUGCCAGAUGUAAUGUUUACCCAUGUUUGAUUUGUACUCUAUGACUAGCCAAUGUACUUCUCGAUGCUGCAGGUAUCAUUAGAAAAGAAAAAACUGAUCAUGGGCUCAAGGAACUAAUUACCAAUCUUUAUCGAUUGAAUGUUAAUCAAACUUUGAUAUAUAUAUAUAUAUAUAUUAAAAAAAAAAAAAAAAAAAAUAAAAAAAAAAAUAAAAAAAAUGAAAA